UCGGUCUGACGUCAUUUCCUGUGCCGUUCAACGCAAGGAAACUAAACGGUUAAAUUUGACAGACAGCCAAAGUGAAACCUUAGCCAGACGUAACUUAAGGCAAUCCAAACAAUUGUGUGUAUUGUUUUGCACUGGUAGCCGUGUUUGGACGGAACCCGUGGCCAGUGUUUUGGUAAACUGGGGUGGACGUGUCGCCAAAUUCAAAGUAGAAAGCAGCAGCCAAGGGGGAUUGCCCUCAGAAGUAGAGCGUUAAGCUAGCUGGCUAACACACGGCCAGGGCAGCGUUUCUCAGAUUAGCUCAUUCUGUCUUCAUCUUUAUCAAACAAGACGAGUUUCAAAAAUCUGAACGGGCGUGUGUGAGCCCAGCCCCACCAUCCAAAGCCUCUGCGUGGAUGGGGAAAUAGCAAGCAAGUGGGGCCGAAGAGGUAACCAGCCAGCAGUCCUGCUAAACAUGGAGGAUGAAGAGGUUGCAGAGAGCUGGGAAGAGGCAGCGGACAGCGGGGAAAUAGAGAGAAGACUUGAGGCAAAGUUGAAAAUAAAUCAGGAGGCAAAGAAAUCCAGCUUUGGUUCAGCUGGUUCACCUGUGCGAACUGCUAUUGUGAUCCAGGAUGACUCUCUGCCUGCAGCCCCCCCACCACAAAUUCGAAUUUUGAAACGUCCCUCAAACAAUGGUAUUGCAGGAAACUCUGCAUCUUCAACACGACCCUCUCAGCAGAUGAAAUCUUUGGCCCAACGGGAGGCAGAGUAUGCGGAAGCCCGGAGAAGGAUUUUGGGCAGUGCUUCUUCAGAUGAAACCCCUCAGGACAAUUCAAGUCAGGACAGGCCAGCGAGGAUGAGUACUCAGCAACCCCCAGAACAAGUUCGUCCAAACAAUCAUGUGAUCCGCCAGCCCACUGGUCCAGAUGGCACCACAGGCUUCAGACUCGGCAGAUAAACAGGAGCUACCUGAAGUGAGAAAUCCAUUGUCAUAGAGGGUGGCAAUUUAAAUGAUGUGUGUUGUAUGAAGAGUAGAGUUGGGGGUGACAAAACUAUUGGACAGAUUAGAAACACGAAGACGUAGCAUGGACUGAUACAAACUCUUCCACCCUCUCUCUACUCUGCUUACUGACAUGGUCUUUGCCUUUCACCCAGUCUUUAUCUCCUGUGGAAUGGUACGAUGGGCUGGCAGAGGUCAGCCAAAGUCCGAAACUCUGGCUGUUCCAUACUGUGAACAGGCUUUGGCCUCACAUCCCCACACUGUGAUACUUUGAUGUACCAUGAGGUGCCCUAUGAUUUUAAGUAUGAUUGGCCAGCCAGGUGUAAGGGCAUCAGGUGUCUGUCUAAGUGGAGCUCGUGAAUCUGUGUGAUUUCCCCAGACGCAGCUAACUUAAUGAGAUGGCCUUUCCGCUGAUGGACAGGGAUCACGGCUGGGCGUCCACCGGGAAGCUGGCCAUAGUUUGUCAGUUCAGUGGAAACUAAGUGCUAAACAGGGAGGUACUAUGCAUUCAGCAGCUUGAGUGCAAAGUAUUUGGGGGUCAAACUGAUCCAACCCUUGUGUAAAACUGGACUGUUCUUAAAAGUGUGUUUCAAUACUGUAGCUGCAAAGCAAUGGUAGAGGAACAGGCCGGCACUUCCUGCUAUGAAACAAAUGCCCGGUGGGCACGCAGCCUGAGGCCAAAGAUUGCAGAAAGCAAGAAGAGAAUGUCACAAAAGUUUAUUCGAGCAAUAAGAAAUUUACUUCCUUGGUUAUUAUUGGUUUAUUUUGUAUUGCCUAAAUACUUCUGCUGUGUUUUGCUUCAAAUUAUCUUUUGUUUUAAAGUUUACAUUGUUUUUUUUUCCAUGUUUGUGAUAUUUUUUUCUGUAUUUAAGUCAAAAGACUUGUAGUGAAUCAAAGAUUAGAAGAUGUAGCCUGCAUAGCUUUUAGGUAGUGUUAUAUGAAACUUUUUAUCAAUUUGGAAAAGUCCAACCCGACAGGAAUUUAAAAUCUAAAGUUGUUGUUCAGAAAUGUUUGUGUGUGUUGCCUCGCUGUUUCUGAACGGAAAAGCUAACUGUACUUUAUAGGUCUAGAUGAAGACUACAAGCAAUUUUCCACCUGAUGCAGUAAAUUAACAAAUAGUGUGAUUAAAUGGUUCCAAAUUCCUUAAAAAUAACGAUUACAUGCCCAGCAUAGAGGAUUACUUUGCCUUGUGACAACUGAUUUAUUUGGUGAAGUCAGCGUGUCAAUUUAUGGUGAAAACUACAAAAAUGAAAAAGUAUUAAAAAUCAAAUUUCGUGAUUAGUGUCCUUUUUAUAAGGUAAGCAUAAUUCUUCUGUCCAGUUCUGUUUAUUGUCUUUCCUGUGAUGUUCCUUUCAAAAGAAAAUACUUUCACACCAUUAUAUGCUUGUUUGCCGCCAACUGAAUUUUGCAACUUUAAAAUUGAUGAUCUUAUCAGACACUGAAAGAUGCCAGUACAGAGGCUCACAAUUAAUGAACCUGUACAAUUUCUGAACCUUUUAACACUUGUAUGCCUUAAAUAACAAAUGAUCCAUGGUUUCAUACAUGAACUUAACAAUGUGUAGUGUGCAUUAAUCUUGUAAUUGGUUUAUAACCUCAUGGAAUGAAUCUCAUGUCAUGGAGGCACUGGUUUGGUAAUACAAAUCAACACUCAUUAAGAGUGCAAUAAUGCGUCUAUGACAGAGAGGUUUUAUGAGGCUGUGUUUUGACCAUGGUUUGUCAGAUUGAUUUCCAGCAUCAUUUGACCACGGAUAUUGGAUCUCUGGUCAAUUAAAAACAUGAUAAACAUUAAAUGAAACAACUGGCUUUCCACUGCAACCAACUUAACAAUCAAACACAAACUGAUGCAUUUGGAUCAAUUAUUCCAACCUUACUAUAAUUAAUGCACUGUUUAAGUGAAGUUACAUUCUUGGUUUUUCUUAUGACACAUAUAUACAUUUCCCAUGUCAGCUAUAGCAUCUCAGUAUAUUUGGGUUUAUAAGAUGGUGCACGCUGUUUGGAAGGGGUGACAUUCAUGGUUGAAAACAGGAUUUGGGUCUGCAGGAUUAAGGAUUCAUGGCUGUAACGCACUGUUCCCAGGGAUUAUGUUCAACUCUUGAAUUAAAAGAUUUGUAAUAAUUUUAAAUUAAUAACUGAAAACAAAUAGCCAUCUUGUACCUUUGUGAUCUACCAGUGAAAGUCAACUUCAGUCAGUCACACCAAUCUGUCUAGUUUUGAUGUCAGUGUUAUAUUGAAACUUGAAGAACUCAAAUGACAUUUGAAUACCCUUUAAUAAACACACUUCAAAAGAG